CUUCACUCCGUUCCCUCUUUCUUUUCUCCCCCUCUUCGCCACCUCUCGUCUCUGCACUCAUCCUCCCCUGCCCAUCUCCUUUCAUUUGCUCGCAUCUCUCCGUUUCGUCUUUUUUGUACCUCCCCUCAUCGAUACGAACGCGUCCCUCUCCUCGUUUGCCAAAUCCUGAAGGCAGACCUCUCUUAUUCUCUCUCUCUCUCCGUCCCUCCCCCUUCCUCUUUACGUUUCCCCCCUCCCUCCAUACUCUAUUUUCCUCAAUGCUUAAGUCAGUCAAAAGAGAUACACUGAAGAAAAGAGGGGCGAACGGCGGGCACUGAGAGAGAGAAAGAGAGAAGGAGAGAAGCUGGAGGGAGAGAGGGGAGAGGGGGGAACGGGGGUUUGGAUACAUCUCCACCUGUCUUCUCUCUGCCAUGGACUGCCUCUGCAUAGUGACCACAAAGAAAUAUCGGUAUCAGGAUGAAGAGACUCCGCCCCUGGAGCACAGCCCCGCCCACCUGGCUCACAGCAAGAGCGCUGAGAUGCUUCACAUGAGUGAUAAGAACCUGGCUGCCAUGGACACCAUGCACAGUUACGCCCCACACACACACAUCUCACCAAUAAAGCCAGUGUUGCUGUCCUCUGGUCAAACCCCUCUGUACACCUCUGCGGUCUCCACACUGGCGAACUCUCCACCAGUGGUGGUAAAUACAGACACACUGGAUGGCUCACCGUAUGUCAAUGGAGCAGAAGGAGAGAUCGAAUAUGAAGAGAUCACGUUGGAAAGGGGGAACUCUGGGCUAGGCUUCAGUAUCGCCGGAGGGACUGAUAACCCUCAUGUCGGAGACGACCCCAGCAUCUUCAUCACCAAGAUCAUUCCAGGAGGAGCCGCCGCACAAGACGGGAGACUCAGAGUAAAUGACAGCAUUCUCUUCGUGAAUGACGUCGAUGUUCGGGAGGUGACCCACAGUCAGGCGGUGGAGGCUCUCAAGGAGGCGGGUGCUAUCGUCAGACUCUAUGUAUUACGCAGGAAACCCAUCGCUGAGAAAGUCACCGAACUCAAGCUCAUCAAAGGGCCAAAAGGGCUAGGCUUUAGUAUAGCGGGUGGUGUGGGGAACCAGCACAUCCCUGGAGACAACAGCAUUUAUGUCACAAAGAUCAUCGAGGGAGGAGCGGCUCAUAAGGACGGGCGACUACAGAUCGGUGAUAAGAUACUGGCGGUGAAUAAUGUGUGUUUGGAGGACGUGAUGCAUGAGGACGCGGUGGGCACGCUGAAGAACACAGCAGAGGUGGUCUACCUCAGAGUGGCCAAGCCAAACAACCUGUACCUUACCAACAACUACAACCCACCAGACCUCACGAGCACGUACUCUCCGCAUCUGGACAUGGACCUCGGACAUCCAAACUUCCUGGCCUCGGAUUACCCACAAGCACUCACUCCCACCUCACCAAGCCGCUUUUCUCCAGUGCUGCAUGGCUUGAUAGGAGAUGAUGACUUACCCAGGGACCCGAGGCGUGUUGUGAUCCACAGAGGAUCGACGGGUUUGGGGUUUAAUAUAGUUGGAGGGGAGGAUGGUGAGGGAAUAUUCAUCUCUUUCAUCCUGGCAGGAGGCCCUGCGGACCUGAGCGGAGAACUGCGCAAAGGAGAUCAGAUCUUGAGUGUGAAUGGUGUGGAUCUGCGGGCAGCUACACAUGAACAAGCAGCAGCUGCAUUGAAGAAUGCAGGACAGACUGUGACCAUCAUCGCUCAGUACAGACCAGAAGAGUACAGUCGAUUUGAAGCUAAAAUUCAUGAUCUCAGAGAGCAGUUGAUGAACAGCAGUAUGGGCUCUGGAACAACUACAUUACGAAGUAACCCUAAACGAGGAUUUUAUAUCAGGGCUCUGUUUGACUAUGAUAAGACGGCAGACUGUGGUUUCCUGAGUCAGGCCGUGGGCUUUAGGUUUGGAGAUGUGCUGCAUGUUUUGGACUGUGGAGAUGAGGAGUGGUGGCAGGCCUGCAGACUCAGCCCACAGGGGGACGAGGAGGAGGUCGGCUUCAUCCCCAGCAAGAGGAGGGUUGAGAGAAAAGAGUGGACGCGGUUGAAGUCGAAAGAAAGGGACCGAAGUCGAGACAGUACAGGCUCACAGGGAAGGGAAGAGCCAGUACGGAGUUACGAGACAGUUGCACAAGUGGAAGUGCACUACGCGAGGCCCAUCAUUAUUCUGGGCCCGGUGAAGGACAGAGUGAAUGAUGACCUGCUGUCUGAGUUCCCAGACAAGUUUGGCUCUUGUGUCCCUCAUACGACACGACCCAAGCGGGAGUAUGAGGUGGAUGGACGGGACUAUCAUUUUGUGUCGUCACGGGAACAGAUGGAGAAAGACAUUCAGAACCAUCAUUUCAUCGAGGCGGGCCAGUACAACAGCCACCUGUACGGAACCAGUGUUCAGAGCGUCCGAGAGGUGGCCGAACAGCAGGGAAAGCAUUGUAUUCUGGAUGUGUCCGCAAAUGCAGUUCGUAGGCUGCAGGCUGCACAGCUUCACCCGAUCGCCAUCUUCGUGCGGCCCAAAUCACUGGAGAACGUCCUAGAGAUAAACACACGUCUGACUGAGGAACAAGCCAGGAAAGGUAUGGACCGCGCUAUUAAACUGGAGCAAGAUUUCCUGGAGUGCUUCUCAGCGAUCGUGGAGGGCGACAGCUUCGAGGAGGUUUAUCACAAGGUGAAAACUGUGAUCGAAGAGCAGUCAGGGCCUUAUAUCUGGAUUCCCACCAGGGAGCGUCUGUGAGAGUCCACCCAGAGCCAAACCACCUCGCCCAGCCUGCCCUGGACUGUGGAGCUCCGACUCGUAGAGCUCACGAGAAACAGACAGAGAGGGAGAGAGAGGGAGGGAGAGAUGGAGAGAAGUCACCGAGACUCCGGGAAAUGAUGGAGUGGAACAGCACAGGAGCUGGCCACACCGCAUCUGCCUCUCUUUUCCUCCGUUUCCUAGCUUUGUAACUUCCUUUUUCUGCUUUUAACUUCCUUUCUCUGCCUUUCUCUCAGUCCUUCUCUGUUUCUUUCUGGCUUUCUCUCUGAAUAGCGUCCUUUCACACAGGACUGGUGAGCUGUUUUUACUCUGUCACGAACUGGGAUGCUACAAAGAAAUUUUGUAUGUUGUCAGAUUCCCUCUCGCUCUCUCCGAUCAACCCGGGAAGUGGAGAGAGAUGAGCGACCGCCUUGGCUUUUACUGGAAUGAGACGUUCAAGAGCCGCUCCUGAUUAAAGGAGCUCGUUUCUAAAGUUGAAUUGAACUGAAAUAAGAAAGUAUAUUUAUCAGAAUCAAUAAUGCGCUGAAAUCUUCUGUCUACUCAGAGACUGACGUUCACUCACAGUUAUCAGCAUCAAGGGCGUUUAAUUCCUUUUCGAAAUUUAAAGUGCUUGACGUGUGCUUCCUGAAAUCCAGGAAGUACUGAGCUGGCAAAUCUAAAAAGUUUGCCUCAGUCCUUCGAAUGUUCCCCUGAAAUAGUCUGCAGCUAGUUCAUCACGUUGAAUGGAUGAUAAGGAAGGAAAACGGGAAGACGCAGACUGUGACUUUCGUUCCGCACACCACAGAAAGCCACACGCCUGAUGUUCCAGGGUCUGUUUUCUCUUGAUUUUCUUGCGCUUACAUGUAAACAUUCUCAUUUAGACACAUGCCAACAUAGAUUUGGUAAUGUUUGCCUUCUUCUAUCUGGAUCUUCUUGCAACAGCCAGAUUGAUGUUUUCCUUUGAGCUGAAAUUUAUUGGCUCGGUUGGAUAUUUCCCUGAGCGCCACAGCUCAA